AUGUGGCUCAUCAACGCUUCUUCGUUGAAGCUAGAGCUCGUAUAUGGCGAUUCCACCCCCAAAUAUGCCGUCCUCUCCCACUCCUGGGGCCUGGAAGAGGUCUCGCUGGCCGAGUUUAACCAGGCUCACGAUGACACCGACGUUGCAGCCACCAUCAGAGCCAAGGCAGGCUAUAAAAAGAUUGUCGAUGCCUGCAAUAAAACCAAACUAGACGGUUUCAACUACAUAUGGAUCGACACCUGCUGCAUUGACAAGUCUAGCAGCGCAGAACUCACCGAGGCCAUCAACUCCAUGUUCGCCUGGUACCGUGACUCCGAGGUCUGCUACUCGCUGCUCAGCGAUCUCGACAGCGACCUCGGCCAAGCGACAGACUCACAAAUCAAAGACGCCCUUGCAUCAUGUAGGUGGUUUACCCGCGGCUGGUGCCUACAGGAGCUGCUUGCCCCCAGGAUGAUGCUCUUCUUCAACCGACACUGGGGGCAAGUUGGUGACAGAAAUAACUUGACACACAUCAUCUCCGACAUUACUGGCGUCCCGCAGUCUCUUCUGACUAGUCCGCCUCAGCAAGAUCUCCAAGAUUUCCCCAUUGCCGAGAGAAUCUCGUGGAUUGCUCACCGCAAGACAACGCGCAAGGAAGAUAUGGCGUACAGCCUGCUCGGUCUGCUCGACAUUAACAUGCCCAUGCUCUACGGUGAGGGCGACAAGGCGUUUAUCCGACUCCAAGAAGAAGUCAUUAAAAAGUACAACGAUUUUACCAUUUUCGCCUGGCAGGGCAAGUCGACGGUAGACGGCGACUUUAUGCCUAUUCUCGCGCCAAGCCCAGCCAACUUUGCUGGCUUUGCCGCUGUCAAGCAGGAAACAGAACAGCCUAGAUCCGCUCUUGGCCGUGUGCGCAACCAGCUCGCUGCACAGUUUUCUCUCAGCAACAAAGGAGUCAUGUUUGAGAAUGUGUGGCUGUAUUCGCAGAAACCAGCAAGAGGAUUCCGCCACCACUACAUCCUGUUUCUUGUCUAUGCAGAUGCCCGAUUCCGUGGCGUGCGGCAGGACGGGUCAUACCUCAUCCUACAAAAAGUCAGCCCAGGGCUAUAUGUGCGACUAGAGGCUACGCCAGAGCGCAUGAAAGCGUUUGCUGACAUACCCAUAAUGGACCCCUGCAUCGAACCCGUCUGUAUCCUCAACAGCGUCACACCGACCAUGGCGAAGGAGCUCGUCCGGUGGGAGCGCCAUGCUGUCCGGCUACGCUGGCGGGCAUGGGACCACAAGGGCAAAAAGUACUGGCACAUUAGGUCUCUCGGGCCACGGGCCAACUGGGACGUCGAGGGCGGCGAGUUCCUCGUGCACCUAGCCACGGAGCAGUAUAUGUAUAUCGAAUUUGUGCCGGGCAGCUUUGACACGAACCCGAAUUCCGAGUACUUUGUGUUGGUAAUCUACGUCGGCGGUACGGGAAGGAAGCGCGACACCAGCCAGAUUGUCGUCAACAUCGUCGACCGCAUCAACUGGUCUGGCGUCAACUCGACCCCGUUCAAGUUUGCCUACAAGGAAAGCCUGGCGAUGCAGGAAGGAAUGUACGGGCCAGUUGGCGACAAUAGACAGACUAUAGAAAUGGCUGGAUGUAAAAUUACCAUGACGGUCAGCCCGGCUACGGAAUCAGAUGGUACGCCGUAUCAUGCCAUCUUCCUAGACUGGGAGAGCCAAGGGCCUGUACCGAGCUUGGCCAGAGCGAGAUCAGAACCGUGGGAGGCUGAAUUUGCGCGGGCUGAUAUUGUCGGCGGCGUGGGCAGCCAUAUGUCGCCAAUGCAGUGGACGCGACAAGGCAAGGAGAUAGAAUCAAGGCAGCAUACUGGUGCGCAGUUGGAAGAUGCGGAGAUGGUGGGCGGCGUGGGAAGCCAUGUAUUUCCGCUACAAAGGAAGCCGCAAAUCUCGGCGUUUGAACCGAAGCGGCAGCGUCAUACUGGUGGACAGCCAGAAGAUGUAGAAAUGGUAGGAGGCGUCUCCAGCCAUAUGCACCCGGUGAAUCAGAAACCUACCGUGGCGCCGUUUAGUUGGGCUCAAUCCGACUCCCAGACAAGGUCGGUCAUGGAUGCCCUAGGGCUGGAUCGGGGAACGAAGACGAAGAAGAAGCCGUGA